AAGCAGCAGCAUCCCACCUCAAUGCAGCAUCCAACCUCAAUACAGCAUCCAAACUAUCCCCCUCCUCAGGGUGUGAAUAUCUGUGUCCUCAUCCCCAGGUCCUGGCAGCAUGGAUGGGCAGGACCCAGCCCUGGGCUGUGAGCAGGAGCAGAAGGGGCAGCCAGCUUUCACAUGGGAAGUGUGGGCCAACAACAGAGCCCACCAUGAGCGGCUCAGGAAGAAAUCUGCCUUCUGUUGGAGCAAGAAAAAAUACGCGGGCAAUGCCAUUAAAACAGCCAAGUACAACGUCCUGACCUUCCUCCCACUCAACCUCUAUGAGCAGCUCCACCGCAUGGCCAACGUCUACUUUGUCUUUGUCAUCCUCCUGCAGACCUUUCCUGAGAUCUCCACGCUGCCCUGGUACGCCCUGAUCUUCCCCCUGAGCUGCCUCCUCACCAUCCGUGCCCUGCGGGACCUGUUGGAUGACAUUGGCAGACACCAAAGUGACAGGAAGAUCAACAGCAGACCAUGCGAGAUCCUGUCUGGGGGGAGCUUCUGCUGGAAGAAAUGGUGUGACAUCUGCGUCGGGGACAUCGUCCGCCUGCACAAGGACAGCCUGGUCCCAGCCGACAUGCUUCUGCUGUGCAGCUCUGAGCCCAACAGCCUCUGCUACGUGGAGACCUCUGAUAUUGAUGGAGAAACAAACCUGAAGUUCAGACAAGCCCUCAUGGUCACCCACCAGGAGCUGACAAGUGAGGAGAGCUUGGCUGCCUUUGAUGGGAAAGUGACCUGCGAGGAGCCCAACAGCCGCAUGCACAGCUUCACAGGCGUGCUGCAAUGGAGAGGAGAGACACAUGCACUCAGUGGCGAAAGGAUUCUGCUGCGGGGCUGCAAGCUCCGCAACACCAACACGUGCUAUGGCUUGGUUAUCUAUGCAGGAUUUGAUACCAAGAUUAUGAGGAACUGUGGGAAGAUCAAGAGGAAGAAAACCAAGCUGGACCGCAUGAUGGACCGCCUGGUGGUCAUAAUCUUUCUGGUGCUGCUGGCCACAUCGCUGUGCCUCGCCAUUGCCUCAGGGUUCUGGGCCAAGACGUUCCAAGAGAAACACAGCUACCUCGCUGCUCUCUACCAGCACACAACCCCUGCCAAGCAGGCUUUCUUCAGCUUCUGGGGCUUCACCAUCCUCCUGAGUGUCAUCAUACCCAUGUCCAUGUAUAUCACGUUUGAAUUCAUCUACCUGGUGAACAGCUACUUUAUCAACUGGGAUCUGGAGAUGUAUUACGCUGUCAAGGACAUCCCAGCAAAAGCCAGGAGCACCAGCCUCAACGACCAGCUCGGCCAGGUGGAAUACAUCUUCUCAGACAAGACUGGCACCUUGACACAGAACAUCAUGAGCUUCAAGAAGUGCUGUGUCAACGGGACCAUCUAUGCUUGGGGCACAUGGGUUGGUCUUGGUGGUGGAGGAGGUGAAGAAGUUGUCCUUCUCUUCAUGAUGUAUCCUUACGCUUUGGGCACGGGCCAUGAGAACAAACAGCCAUCGGGGUUGGUGUUGACCCAGAGUUGCCAUGGGGGGAAGACUUUGGACUCCAGCAAUGUGGGGCUCCGGGAAGCGGCCCAUCGGGACAGUGAUCCGGUGCUGAGGGAGUUCCUGCGGCUGUUGGCCAUCUGUCACACUGUCAUGGUGGAGGAGAGGGGAGACCAACUGGUUUACCAGGCAGCUUCUCCAGAUGAGGAGGCACUGGUGCUGGCAGCCAGGAGUUUGGGCUACAUCUUCCUAUCCCGAACGCAGGACACCAUCACCAUCAGCGAGCUGGGGGUGAAGAGGACAUACCAAGUGUUGGCCAUGCUGGAUUUCAACAGCGAUCGCAAGAGGAUGUCAGUGUUGGGUGAGCUGAGGUGGUACCAGGAUGAUGCUUUGCAUGGGGAGAGCAAUGAGCAGCUCUGUCCUUUCUCCUUCCCAGUGCGGGACCCACAGGGCGCCAUCCGGCUCUACACCAAAGGGGCUGACACUGUCAUCCUGGAGAGGCUGAGGGGCCGGGGACCCAACCAGGACUUCACUGAGAGGGCUCUGGAUCACUUUGCAGAGGAGACCUUGAGGACGUUAUGCCUGGCCAGCAAGGAGCUGAGUGAGGAAGAGUACGAUGAGUGGGGCAGGAGGCACCGCAUGGCCAACAUCCUGCUGCAGGGCCGGGCGUGUGAGCUGGACAGGCUGUAUGAGGAGAUGGAGCAGGACCUGGAGCUGCUUGGGGUCACGGCCAUUGAGGACAAGUUGCAAGAAGGGGUUCCUGAGACCAUCCAGCUGCUGAAACUGGGCAACAUCAAAGUGUGGGUGCUGACGGGAGACAAACAAGAAACAGCAAUGAAUGUGGGCUAUGCAUGCAAGCUGCUCACAGGUGACAUGGAGAUCCUGGAGGAGAAGGAAGUGAGUGAGAUCCUGGAGGCUUAUAGGGUUAGAAGCAACAACAUCAGUGGCAGUGACUGUGUCUCACAGCAGCACCCAGAGCCUUUGUGCCACAAGAAGAGAGCUCUUGUCAUCAGCGGGGACUUCCUGGACACGAUCCUCCAGAAAGGAGAGGUGCUGCAGAAGAAGGGACAGCUGUGGCAGCUGCUGUCUUGCCGUGGGACGACGGACCCACAGGAGCAGGGCAGUCUGGUGGAGAAAGCCUUUGUGGACCUGGCCACCAGCUGCCAGGCCGUCAUCUGCUGCAGGGUCACCCCCAAGCAGAAAGCUCUCAUUGUGCAACUGGUGAAGAAGCACAAGAAAGUCACCACGUUGGCCAUUGGGGAUGGGGCCAAUGAUGUCAACAUGAUCAAAACUGCUGACAUUGGAGUGGGCAUCAGUGGUCAGGAAGGCGUGCAAGCCGUGCAAUGCAGUGAUUACGCCCUGGCACAGUUCUGCUACCUGCAGCGCCUGCUGCUCGUCCACGGCCGCUGGGGUUACCUCCGCAUCUGCAAGUUCCUGCGCUACUUCUUCUACAAGACCUUUGCUGGCCUCGUGACUCAGGUCUGGUUUGCUUUCCACAGCGGAUUCACGGCCCAGCCUCUCUACGAAGGCUGGUUCCUUACUCUCUACAAUGUUUUCUACACCGCCUACCCCGUGCUUUCAGUGGGUCUUCUAGAACAGGACGUGAGUGCCAAGAAGAGCCUGCAGUUCCCUGAGCUCUACACCAUUGGGCAGCAGGACAAGCUCUUCAAUUAUCGCAUCUUCUGCGUGACGCUCCUGCACGGUGUCAGCACGUCGCUCACCAGCUUCUACAUCACGCUCUGGGCCUUCGAGGACCACGUUGGCAGCAGGACUGUGGGGGACUAUGAGUCUUUCUCCGUCACAGUGGCCACCUCGGCUUUGCUGUCGGUCCUUGUGGAGAUCAUCCUUGACACCAAGUUCUGGACAGCGUUCUCCUUCCUGAUAGUCACAGCCAGCUUGCUGCUCUUCUGCCUCCUCUCCUUCCUGACCCAAAGCAUCGAUGCCUUCAGGAUCGCCCCUGCUGUCUUCCGCUUUCCAGAUGCCACCCAGAAUGCCCUGACCGACCCCUACGUCCUGCUGGUGGUCCUGCUGUCCCUGGUGGUGAACACCAUCCCCUCACUCACCAUCCGCUCAUACAACGCCAUCACAGGCAACACCAGCAUCCAGCAGAAGAUCUGCUGGAAGGCCAGGCAGGAGCCAGAGCCCUCGGUGGAGCUGCGCACCCACGUCCCCCGUGGUUCCUUCCACCACCGUUCCAGCUAUGCCUUCUCCCACCAGGAGGGCUAUGCUGGCCUCAUCACCCAUGGGGAGAGCCUGCACACCAAGGGCACCCACACGUCAAAGGGCACCCACACCUCAAAGGGCACCCACACCUCAAAGGGCACCCACACCACCAAUGCCACCUGUGCCACCACACCACUCCAUCCCCAAGAGACAACCCCAUCUUGGCCCUCCCACCAUAGCUGACCUGGCCACGUCCUACUGGGACCAAAUGAGUUUCUUCCUCUUGAGGGGCACCUGAAUCCAAUUGGGGUGUUUUUGCUUUACAGUCUCUACAUGCUGGUCCCCAAACCCCUGGUAAUGCUGUGCCCUUUGUGCUGUGCCCCCAUCCCCUCCACCUCCCACUCCCCCAUCCUUAGGGGGGUGUGCAGCCUAUGUCACACUGCAGAGCCACAGCUCAGUGAGGAGAGACCCUACAAACAACCACCAUUAUUUUUUUUAAUCCCCCUUUUAGUAAUUAAAAGCCCCCAACACCAUUGCAGGACACACACAAACACAACAGGGGGAAGGGGAGGGGGGUGAAUGACUAGAAAAUAAUUUAUUGAAGAAACAGAAAAGCUGCAGAAAUACAACACAGUCAUGACCAGAAGAGGAUGAACAAAUAGAGAUUUUCUUUUUUUUUCCCUCUUUUUAAAACCUUUUGACAGGCUGGAGUGAAGUUUCCUGGUAAUUUCCCCUGCUUGAGUCAUUGCAAAGAACAAGGAACGAACUCCAGAGCACACAGCACAGUUUGGAUAAAGUGCCUGACACAAAAGACUCUAUUUUUUAUCUUUUUUUCUUAUUAUUAGCUUUUUUUUUAAAAUCUUUUUUUUUUCUUUUUUUAGUGUUUGUAAAUAACUUAAACAAACAGAACUGCGAGACACAGAGGAGCAACAAUUGCAUUUGGCUGUAGAGCAAAACCCAUCCCAUGAGAUUAACCAUGAGGAGGCAGCAAAAGGAAAAUAAGAAAAACGAAACAAUCAACCCAAAUCCAGUGGAAUCAGAAGGAAAAAUGCAUUGAGUAACUGGAGGGGGGGGGAUGCAGCCCCUAAAGUGAGUGGGAUGGGAGCGAGCGGCGCCUAUUGCUAUGCAGAGAAAUGAGCAGUGGGGUGGGUGGAUGAACCUGGUGCUGUGGGCUCCUCUCGGGCAGGGUGAAUUCUGCCUGACUUCUUGUUCUCCUUUAGGAAUGAAUGGGGAUGGGGGGGAGAAGGAAUGAUAGAAAAAUGAAACAAACCCUCCCCCCCCCAAAAAAAAAAAAAAAAAGGAUCUGUUUGUCUUUGCAUUUUUCAUUUCUUUAAAAAAAAAUCAACCCUGAAUGAAGGAAUCAUACAAAAGGAACCGAAGCAUCCACACGCACAGCCCCAGCCCCGGCCGCAGCUCCUCUUCUGCUCUGAGAUAAGGGAAAAGGAGUAAAUGUCCCCACUGCCCCCUCAAAGUCACCUGCAGGUGAACCUUGGGUUCUGGUUCUGGUUCUAGUCAGAAGAGAGGUGUUGUAUAAAGGAUCUUGUCCUGAUGCUCCUGGGUUUGGCACCUGCAAGCUCUGGGCCCAGUGGAGACCUCCUUAUUGAUGGACCAUCCCAUCGUUGGAGACCUCCUUAGAGCUGGGAAAGCUCAGCUCGUGGCUGGGUUAUUAUGGGAUGUUAAUGCCUGAAGCUGGACUCUGAGGUUCCGUGAGCCCUCUGCUCCUCCUCUCCCACUGAGGAUGGAGACGUUGCUGCCCCACUGACAAUUUUUUUUGGCCUAAAAGGAGAACCAGCCUGAGGCUUCACAAGUAACGGGAUGACCCUGAAAACUUCCACAAUGGAAGUAGGGCACAAUGACAAGGCUGAACUGCAGGACUCAGUGAGGCUGGAGGUCCCAGACACCCUCCUCUUCCUCAUCCUUCAUCAGCAUGGAGCCCUGGGAUCUUUGCUCCCUGAUGGUUCCCACCAGGUAGGAGCUGCUCUUGUUGUUUUUCAAGGCUCCGGUUCUGUUCCUGCUCCCCACAGCACAAAAAUGCCCUUUUGGGGCAACCCUGGUUAAGAGAAUUGUCUUUAGGACAGAGCUUGGAUUGUCAUUACCUGCAAGGGGGGAAAAAAAUCUUUGGUAUCGUUGCAAGUUGCUCCUCAAGGCAUUUUGGUAGGUGUGGGCAGCAGGCAAGGCUGGAUCCAGCACAAGGCAAAGCCCCUUUGGCUCAAUGGGUGCUGGUGGGUGAAGGAUAAGGACAACACUCAGUGCUCAGCUCCUCUGGGAUGUCCCAGAUCAUUGGGUUCUCGUCUUGAGGUGGGAACCAAUUGGGGUUUGUAGGGUCCUAGGACUGGUGGCUGUGGGUUGGGUCUAAGCUUGGUGACACCUUCAUGUGGUUGGAAGGUCUGGGCAUCUGAAGACCAACAUUGAGAUGGACCUCCAAACAGCAGAAUUUCCCCAGAAGACACCAGGAGGGUUGUUUGGAUGGAUGAGUAUGAAGAAGAUGAUGGUGCACUGAAGAAGAUGCAGGUUUAAACCCUAUUACGCUUUUGGGGACCAUGUUGGUGGAGCACAAAGGAGUUGAGAUCUUGUUAUUUGCAGUCGUUUGAGCUUUGGGGCCACAUCUAAUGACAGAGGUGGAGGAUGAAGAGGCAGAAGAGGACUGAAGAAUCAGCAUUUUAAAGUAAAGACAUGGAUGGAGGCAGGUCUUCAAGGCCACCCCAAGGGAGAGCGACUCGGGGUCAUCAUGCAAUCACAGAAUGGUUUGGGUUGGGAGAGAUCCUUGAAGAUCAGCAGUCCCACUGACUGCCAUGGCUGUGUGGUCCUUCGCUAGAUGAGGUUGCUCAAAGCCUUGUUCAGCCCAAUCUUAAACACUUCCAGCAAUGGGACAUCCACACCUUUGAGCAGCCUGGCUCAACGUCACCAUCCUCAACAUGACAAGCUUCCAUUGCCCAGAAGGUUUGCAGUGUGGGGAGGAAGGCAGCAAUGGGGUGUAGGGGCCAUUUCCCUCAUCUCAGAGCACACGAGAAGCCCAGAGCUUUGCAAACUCAGGUGACGGCGGCUGAUUGUCUCUCUUCUGCACGAAGACACUUGGGCUUUGACACACAGAUCUGGAUAAAGCACAAAAAAACCCCAAACCCGAGAGGCACGGGACCUGGAGGGGUUGGUUUGGCAUGGCUGGGGGCACACGGGGGUCCCACACCCCAGAUACCUGCACCUGGUUUGCUGGGUAUGGGGUCGUGUGCCCCCGCAACCCCCUUACAGCCCCUACGCCGUCCCCCAUUGGGGUAAUACAGCUUGCAGAGAAAGGAAAGGGGGAAAAGAAGCAAAAGAAACCAACGGAGUGGGGUAGAGGAUGGCUCUCCCAUAACUGAGUGAUUGAGAACAGAACAGAAAGACAAUGAUCCAUGCAGAAAAUUCUUAAUCAACCCAGAAAUCAUGGACAAAAAAAGCACAGUUUGUCCCCUCCCACUCCCACCCGACCAUCCCUCCCCGAAUAAUUAUUACAUUACUUCAAGAAAGAGUAUAUUCUUUUUUUUAUCCAUGCAUAAAUCAAAUUCUCAUCUCUUUUUUUUUUUUUAUCUUUUUUUUGUCUUUUUUUUUGGUCUCUUAAAUUACAUUUGAACACAGAACACGUAGAAUAAUAAAUACUCUCAUAACGACAUGACCCAGAGAAAAGUAACACGUCCGAACGCGAAGGUAUCGCCAUCAUUAUUCGUUUUUCUCUCUUUUUUUAUCUUUUUUUUUUUUUUUUUGUAAUUUUUCUUUUUUUAAAAGGACUUGUUUAAAUAUGAAAUCUGUAAACUCCAAGGGUCCUUUUUUUUUUAAUAUCUUCUCUCUCUUUUGUUUGCCUGUCGUGAAACGACCCAGCUUUCGUUCCCUUAACAUUCAAUAUGUCUCCCAUUGAGCGCGUCAAAGAAAUAAGAACAUGCCGUCUUCUGCAAAAUUAUAAUUUAACAGUAUAAAGCUUCAAGUCACAAAUUCCAAAAACUAGCUAAGUCUUUUUUUUUUAUUAUUAUUUUCUUUUAUUUUAUUAUUUUUUUUUGUUUGUUUGUUUGUUUUAUAUAUCACAUAAACUAUACAUUAAAUAUCUUGAGGUAUUUCAGAGAACAUUGUCAAAGGCUUGUAAGGUCUGUGCUGGGUGGAAAAGAAGGCUUUCUCCUGCAUAGAGAAACGUCUUUGGUAUCGCAAGCCGUCUGGGUGUUGGGGAGGAGUGAGGUUGGGAAGGGUCUGGUCAAGGCAAUAGUGUGGAGGGGAUGGGGGGUAAGCUGUGGGAUGCUCUGCCCUGCUCUCAGUGGGAUGCAGGUGCUGCGGGGGGCUCUUGGUGUCCCCAAGAGACUUUGGCCAAGUUUGGUCCAAUCUAAUGGAGCCAUUUCCCACAAGACACGUCAGAAGGAGCCUCUUGGGGUGCAGCCUGGAAGGCCUCACCCAGAAAAAGGGGGAAACCAACAGGAAGAGCCAAGCAGGUGCAAUUCAACCCAAGAUUUUCCUAAGCUUUGGGAGACUUUUGUGGAAGAGCAUCUUCUCCUAAGGGUCCUCCCAUUGCCUCUUCCUAAAGCAGAGUCACUCCUGUCCCUCCCAGCAGUGAAAAGCACCUCUGUAGGAACAUGGAAGCCUUUCCUGGUGGAGCACUUGGCUCCAAAAGAAGGGUUUGGAGAGCGUCAGCAAUGAGAAACGCCACGUAUCCUCUCUGUGCUACUGAGAAGGAAAACAGAAGCUCCAGUCUGAGCUGAGCCAUGAAGAAACACCCAUGGUGGAACCCAUCCAUGGUGGAAGAGUCCAUCCAUGGUGGAAUCCAUGGAUCUCAGGUUCCAUCCAACCUAAGCCGUUCUACAAUUGGGUUCUGCACGGUUCUAGAGCAGAGCUGGCCAUGGUGCUGCCCCAAGAGGACACCAGGGAGGCGUGCUGGGGCAAAUGGGGACACUGGGGGACACUGGGGACAUCUGAAGGGGGACACAAUGGGAAAACCACAGCAAGAGGGAAGGGCGAUGCUUUCCCUUCCAACAGAACAAGGCUUUGGCUUUCUGUUUUCUCCAUCCCAACACCCAAAGACUAUAAGAAUUGCCAGAAUCCUUUCGGAGAGCUGAGGUAACAUUGGACCAAACAAAAAGAAGGAAAGAAACAAUAAAAGCGGAGGAGCAAAGAAAUGGCCACACACCUUUGGUACAAGAAAAAGGCACUCAUCGACCACGCCGCCAUCCCGGGGAUGCUCGCUCGCCUUCUCUCGCUCUCGGGGGGGACUCGUGGGGGCGCAGGGAAAGCGGCGCUGCCAGCACAGACCAGACAAGGCAACAAAAUCUUUGGUAUCAGACGUGAUUCUCAAAUCACGAACAUUGAAAACUCAAGUGAGGUAGCCUUAAUUCUCGGGUUCUCACUAGAAAUGUCUUUGCAUCCUUGAGGGCCUGUGGCAUUUAUUUAUUUUUUCUUUGUUUUUUCUCUUUUUUUUUCUCUUUUUUAGUACGUUUUUAUUUCUU